AUGGAGUGCCUACCUGCGAUUCUUAUCCCCGACGAAGUCAUCCGAGAAAUAUUGUUGUUCCUUCCUGUAAAAUCCAUAGUGCGGUUCAUGUCUGUCUGCAAAUCAUGGAAGCUCAUCGUCUCCGAUCCCCGAUUUGUGAAACUCCACCUUCAUCGAUCUUCAGCUAACACCGCACACUUUGCACACACCCGAUUGCUCUUCGAUUUGAUCAAUUCCCACAUCGACAAACCCUUUGAUCAAACAGAUUGCUCUGCCUCUGUGUCAUUCUCAUCACAACACCAAAAGGGUCAUGAUCUCUACCCAAUAGAAAAUGGGUAUGAGUUGAUUGGAGUCUGCAAUGGCUUGGCUUCUGUCAUGAAAUUGGAUUAUUCCUUUGCGAAGAAUUUGCAAUGCAGUGUUGUUCGGGUCCGGUUGUGGAACCCGGCUCGGAGGUUAUCGUCUCAAGUCUCACCACCUUUGUAUUUGUUAGAACCUAAUUAUUAUACUUUUGGGUUUGGAUAUGAUUGUUUGAAUGACACUUAUAAGACAGUGGCUGUGAAUCGUAAAGAGCGCGUCGUGAGAGUUUACGACAUGGGUGGUACUUGUUGGAGAAUGAUUCAAUCUUUUCCUGCUCCGGCGAUUGAGUUAGUGUCAUUGCAAAAUGGAGUUUAUGUGAGGGGCUCACUUAACUGGAUAGUAACAAACACCGAUGUGCCCAUUAUUGUUUCGCUUGAUUUGGGGAGGGAAGAGUAUUCACAAUUCUCAUUGCCUGAUUCUCUACACAAUGAAGAGCUCUUCCGUUUUCCAAUUCUUGGGGUUUUGAAGGAUUGCUUGUGCAUUUUGCACAAUGAAGGCAGGACGAGGUUUCUGGUUUGGCAAAUGAAUGACGUUGGAGCUUGGAUUCAGCUCUUCAACUUUGAAAGGACUACUUUAUUGAAUCCUUUUGGAUUUGUCUUGUCUCAGAAUGACGAGAUCUUGUUAAUGUCACGCCACGAAGUAGUUCUAUAUAACCAGAGAUAUAAUACUUUCGAAUUUUGUAAUGUUUGUAAUCAUCAUUCCAUUUAUAGUUGGAAUGCUGAUAAUCAGGUUGAAAGCUUGGUCUUACCUGGUUGA